CUGCAGCCUCUUGGGGUGUAUGUCCCCAUUUUGAACCCUUUCUGUGAUAACAAACUCUUCCACUCUGUCCAGCGAGGUUUUCUUAUGCUGCAGUCUGACUGUUGCCUCUUGCCAUUUUGUUGAGCACCUGUAACAGUAUGGGUCCAUAUUGUCUCAUGUAAACUAAAGCUGCAGUGCUUCUGUGUGAACAGAAGUUACUGGUUCUGCUUGUCACUUUUAAAGUGAUAAUCAUUUAACCAUUAUUGAGAACUUAGACUGCUUGUUUUGGUUAUCCUUAUGAAGAAAACCAGUGCUUUAAUGUUUCCUUUACCACUUAAGCUGUUUGUGAUGGAACCUAGUAUUUUUUUCCUUCAGGUUAUUUGAGGACAAAACCAAGACCCUGUCAUCUUUUAAUCUGCAUCUUGACACAAUUAUUACUCCUUUUGUACAUACCCAUACUAAUUUUAAUAACUUAAGGUUGAUAAUGACUGGAGGUGGUCCUCCAGACUUAAUUUUGCCUCUCUUGAUGUCCUAAGUGUCUAGCAGCCUGAUUCCUUUCCAGAUAUUUCUAUUUCUUUUAUUAAAAAUAUUAAUUCUGUCACUUGUUAUGGGACUUUUUUACCCUAAGUCUUUUGUCUUCAUGUACUUUAUUUAGAUGAUGCAGUUGAGGUGACUGUUCCUUGAUAGUUGAUGUUACUGUUGGCUGCCACCAUUUCACAUUUUUCCCAGCCAAGUGGUCUCUUCCCCCUGCCCCACACCCCUUAAUGCAUCUCUAGUACCCAUCUGAUGCUGCCCUGAGACACGUUAGUUUUUUUAAUUGGAGAACACUGGGUUUGUCAGAUGAAAUUUCUUCUGAGAAGGCACUGAAAUGGCCUUGUACAGGGCCAAGCAACUUUUAAAGCUAUUGCAGUUAAGGAGGUAAAGAUCUGUGAGUUGAACCGAUAGUGCUGCAGCUGCUGAUUAGAUAGGCUUAGGUUGUAAGAAAGCGUAACACUCUUUUCUGGUUCUUCAGCUUUCAUUAUAAAGAACAGUCUUUUCAUUUCUGCAGGCUACUUCCUGAUGUACUCUAAAAUAUUUUUUUCUGCUGUCUGAACUUUUUUGCUCCUUACUUUCAACUUUGAAGCAUUUUUGACACUGUCUUAAGUUCAGAGGAUAACUUACACUGUUUCAAUUGAACCUUAAAUGUCUAGAAGCUGCAAAAGUUCAUGAAACUGAUGGUAAUAUGAAUAGGUUAGCAAGAGAAAUGCUGGAAUAAGCUUAUCCAAGGAAUUCACAGAAUGCAAGGAAACUUUCCUGACAGUACUGAGAAUGACAUAAUGGUCUAAAAGAAUAUUCAGACAAACAGGUACGCAAAGUUGCUUUCAGUAAGUACUCCAUCCUGUGUGAUAUAAAGUCAAUGGGCAACAGCAUAUCUUUACAGGUCAAAGUAGGGCUCACUUCUAACUGGUAGAUGGGUCAUUAGUGCUUCUUAAGUAGGUUGUUCUUGCAGUUAUCUUGGACAAACAUUUUAAGAUUCCUAGGAUUUGGGCUUUAAUCUUUGGGAUGGUGGUCACUGAACACUAGGUGGCUUGCUAUUCAAGAAAGUGCUUGCAGUGAAGUCUCUUUACUUUUUCCUACAGCAUCCACCAAAUAGUUCCAUACUAGGCACUUGCUGCCAUUUAAUGGUGGCCUAGUAUUUUUUUAGAAGCAGUUUUGAUGAAUGUUGACUGAGUGCUGUGUUUGUAGCUAGCAAGUGCAAUUGGUUCAUUAGCUUUAAAAUCAUAUCUUAAUCAGAUGUGUUUUGCUGUGAGUUCAUACAAUAUGCUGUUUUACAUGCUUGAAUUCUAUUUAAGCAGAUGCUGAAUAUACUUGUUCCUUGCAUAGCAGCAUUGCAAUUAAAACUGUGCAUAGUGCUAAAACUCUUGUUGAAUUAUCCUGCUUUGGAAUUGUUAAGGGUCACUUUUAGUCAAAUGUAAUCAGCUACAAGCUGAUGUCCUGAAUAGUUUACUGCAUACCUCAGGUGGUGUAUGAUAUUGGUCUGCCUAGUGACAAGUAGUAGGGCUGUAGGAAGCUUUUGAAAAGACGUAGUUUCUGCCUUUCUGCCAAGAAUUUCCCAAAUGAUGUUUCAGAGAGAAUAGUCUGUCCUUUAAGAGCUCAGUACUGAAGAUUACACAAAGUGUGGGGGAAGAAAGAUGAACUCUCUCCACUUAGCAAAACAAGGUUUACAAAGCAAAUGUGUUAAUGGAUGAUACCUGACACUCUCAAGAGCUGACUUUGGGAGAUCUCAGGUUAUCAUUGAAGUGACAGAGAUGUUGCACAAUGCAAGCCUACUUGUGGAUGAUAUCGAAGAUAACUCAAAGCUACGACGGGGCUUUCCAGUGGCACACAGUAUCUAUGGAAUUCCAUCUGUAAUCAACUGUGCUAAUUAUGUGUAUUUUCUUGGCUUAGAGAAGGUUUUAACCCUUGAUCAUCCAGAUGCUGUUAAAGUUUUUACCCGUCAACUUCUGGAACUCCAUAAAGGUCAAGGCUUGGAUAUUUACUGGAGGGAUACUUACACCUGUCCUACAGAAGCUGAGUAUAAAGCUAUGGUACUGCAAAAGACAGGUGGUCUCUUUGGAUUAGCUGUAGGCCUCAUGCAGCUGUUCUCAAAUUACAAAAAAGACUUAAAGCCACUUCUUAACACACUUGGCCUCUUCUUCCAAAUAAGAGAUGACUACGCCAACUUACACUCCAAAGAAUAUAGCGAAAACAAGAGUUUUUGUGAAGACUUAACUGAGGGCAAGUUCUCAUUCCCAACCAUUCAUGCAAUUUGGUCAAGGCCUGAAAGUACUCAGGUGCAAAACAUUUUACGUCAAAGGACGGAGAACAUAGAUAUAAAAAAGUACUGUGUACAUUACCUUGAGAAUGUGGGUUCAUUUGAGUACACUCGGAAUACAUUGAAAGAGCUUGAAUCUGAAGCCUAUAAGCAAAUUGAAUCACUUGGGGGAAACCCUGAGCUUGUGGCACUAGUUGAACAGCUGAGCAAAAUGUUCAGAGAAAUUGAAAAUUGAAAAAUUUUAACUCCUGGUGGUGGAUUAAAACUUGUUUUAAAAUGGGAAAAUGGCUGGACUAUGAGAGGUGUGUUAAUCAGUCUCACUUAAAACACUUUUUGUAGCCAUCCUACAGAAAUUAUCAUUAAAAACAAUUUGAUGCUAAGUAUUUUGAAAUAUAUACCCUAUUAUCUGUACAGUCUUAACUGUAACCGCUUAGAUGGCUUUGUUAAAGAUGUACUAGAACUGCAACAAGUUUUGAAUCUAAAUGUGGUCAACUUUACAUAGUCAGCAUUAUUUCAUUAUUUCUCGUAUUAACCAGGCAACUGUAGGUUUCUGGCUGAAAUUGCAUUAAGUCGGAUUGACCUGAGUGUAUUGUGCAUUUUCAAACAAUGCUCUAGUAAAUGAAAAUGUACAAUGUUAAAUAACAGAAGGUACUUGCCGCCACAGUGUGCAUAAAACUUGUGUGAUAUUUCAAAGUCAGACUUGGAAAGAUCAGAUGGAUCAGCAUAUGAAGUUCUAAAGUGAAUAUCCUAUCCAGCUUCUGGGGGUAUUUUCAGGGGAAUGAGGAUUAUGAAAGAGUAUUUUAUAUGCAAAUAAGACUAAUGUUUAGUCUGAAAUUGUAGCUUUAUAAUGACUUAAGUACCUUAGAGAAAAGAUUCCAUUGCAUCAGCAAAGCAUAAAUUAGCUGCUGAUUCCCGCUCUGCAGUGAAUAAUUUUGAUUGCCUGUUUUUAGAUUUUUAAACAGUCAUAUUUUUUUAGCCAGGGACUUAAAUCUAUGCAUUAGAGCCCAUCUAUACAUGUAGCUGUAAAUAGUCACAUGGUGAGCUGCUACUAGAAAUGGAAUGGGAUUCACACCAGGUAACUUUAGGACACUAUAAUUAGUGCAUGUCUCUUUAAUCUCUGCUUAUAAUUGAGAGGGGCUUCUCUGGGAGUUGAUUUGUAAUUCAUACUGCAUACCUGUUCUGAAUUGUUAUCUGGAAAGCGAGAUUGAGGGGGAAAGGCUGAUAAGUGACAAAACUCUCUGCUCAUCUAAUGUAUAUAAAUGUGUCUAUAUAAAGGUGAACAAAAUGUAAGCAGAGAUGUUUGUUUCUUCUUGUCUGGGCUGACUUGAAUCAGGUUCAGUCCCUUAUUCUUCACACAAAGCUUUUCUUCGGUCUAGGGGGGGUAAGGGUUUGGAUCAAAGGUGGGACUGGUGCUAUCAGUAGUGGUGUUAGCUCAGGCAUACCCUCAAAAGAAAUGGCCAGAGGUACUUGGCUUCUGCAGCUGAAGGAUAGUUUUAUGUGGGUGUUCAUUUACUGUACCUGGAAAGCAGAGAGAGUCAUGUUCUCAACCUGCUGAGAAAACUAAUUGAAGAAGGUUGCUGUAAUGUCUUUCCCGGGCAGCCUUAAGAUUCUUCUGAAAGUGAUCAAGCAUGAAAAAAUUCAGGAUGACUGCUUUGUAAGAGGUGUUAUGUAGUUAUGGAUGAUAGCCUUUUAUCUGCAUGCUGAGGAGGAAUCUGUCUGCUCUGUGAUUAGGCAGAGAAUAAUAGCCUUGUCACUGAAUGGACCUGGUUGCCAGGAGUCAAUAGCUCAAAGUUGGUGAAAAGUGUCUUUUUAAUGUUAAUGACAGUGAAUUGUAAUGCCUUUUUCAUAACUUGCAGUGCUUCAUAGUAAGCCUGUAAAUCUUUAAUGUUUUAUGAGAAAAUACUACCUGCAGCAAAGGACAACGCUUAUUUUGUGCCAGGUCUUGGGAGUUUCUAAACACUGUUGCAGCUGAUGUUGAAUGGAGGAGAGCACUGAAAAAACUUAAGAGAAAUCGCCUAGUCUUACUGUGAAAGAUAUCCUUGUGCCUAUUAGGAUAUUGUAACUGACAUAGGACAAAGUGUGCUUAGUACCAUUUCAUGUCUGCUCAGUUGCUGGGUUUAAACAGUUUUGUGUAGUCAAACUUUCCUAAUGGCAUAGCUUUUACUUUUGUAUACACUACCACCUGAGACUUCUGCUAUAUCGUCACUUCUUCAGUUCAUUCUGACAACUAUUAUUUAUUCUAUACCAUAUAGAAUUUAUUAUAAAUAAUUAUUUAUUGUAAUACCAUAUCUUGUAGAAUGUGCCUCCGCUAACCUAAGAGUAAGCAUAUUGGAAGUUUUCGAGCUGCAGGCCCUUGAAACCACAAAUGGGCAAUAAGGGAAAAUUACCCAGGGAAAAGAAAGCUGGACCAACAAGAAACAAGUACAGCUCUGCAUUAUUCUGCCUUCAAGGCUUUUAAUACUAGUGUUCAAAGCUUACCUUGAAGGUAUAUCUUAAAAGGCUCAGAAGCAGAGUAGUGUUGUUCUUCACUUUGGUUAGGAUUAACUGAGGCCUCUGAGGUUUUUCCUGAUGUAUUCAGGAGCUGGAAGAGGCUGAGAUCUUUCCCCUUCAUCUGUUAAGCAGGUAGAGCAUCUUUAAGAAUUAAAUGUCAGCAGUGAUGAUGCUCUAUAGUCAAGGUAGAUUUUAUAUUUGGAGCCAUGAGACUGUAUCUUCAUUAGUGUCCUCCGUUACUGGCUCUGAUACAAGCUCCUGGUGUUAAGCCAUGUUAGGAAAAUCCCUUCCUUAAAGCAGCAUGAGAGUUCUUGUGGCUGCAGAAUUAGUUUAGUUGUGUAAGUGCUGCUCUUUGUUGCUAUGCCUCCCACAACACCAGGAGUAGGAUUUUUUUUUUGUGAUCUUCACAAGAGCUGCAUUGCUGUGGAAUGGAAAUCUGAGUUGUGAGUAGAAAUGCCCAUGGGGAAACAAAGGGGAUGCUGGUUUAAAUGUCAGUCCCUUUGAGCCAGAACUGUUGUACUUAUUCUUUCUACCAUUGCCAACAAGUUCUGCUUUGAUCAAGUUACCUGCGCAUUUCUUGGAGGUUUAGCUCUUGCAGUGCCUAUGAAGAGAAAUGCGGGUACUCAUCAGUCUCCAGCAUUUCCCCCACCUCAGUAUGUUUUCUGAUUGUGUGCCUGCUCGGAUGUAAAUGAAUGCUGUCAUCAGUCUUUGAGUGGCCAGCCAUUGGAUGGCGCAUCUGCGUCUGCUGCUUCGAAGGCUGAUAUUAUCCCAAUCAAAUAUAGUGAAAACUGCGUUGUUUCAGGACCUUCCUGAGGAGAUGGCUUGUCUUCCACCUCUCCCGUUGAGCUCAGGCUGUUCAGGGACCCUAAGAGCAACUUUGUAUUGGCCAGUUGUUGAUACUAACAGCCUAAAAAUGUUAAUGGCAGUGAGGAAGUAGUUGCUGAUAUUCGUUAUCCUUUCAACAUGAUGAGUUUGCUAAUUAUUAAGUAUCUAAAUGCUUCCAUGUGCUAUGGAAGCUUCCUAUAUUAAUGGCUUCUUUCCUCAGUUAUAGCUAAAUGCUAACAUAGUAUAGAAACAUGGGAUUUGUGGGUUUGGUGGUGGGUUGGGGGGGUUCUCUUUUUUUUUUUUGGUACCUUCUUACAUAAACUGGUUUGGACACUGAUAGUCUUUAGCAUUGAAUUGGGCCAGGCUGUUAUUCAUGUACAAGAGCUAUAUAGGCACCUGUUCUCUCCUUUAUCCUGUCUUAAUCUUACCAUUUUAUGUUUCAGAUUUGGUAUUUACUGUGUUCUUUGUAUUAUUUGCUCAGCACUUUCAUUGUAAUUCUUUUCUCAGUGCUAUUUCUAUUCCGCUACUAAUGCCAUAGCGCAUACAAUACCAUCAAACUCACUUUUGAUCCUCGACAAACAUAAUAGUCUGAGUAUGCUGUUGAAACAUUGAAUUGUGGCUCAUCGUAUGCCUUCACAAAAGUAAUCAAAGAUUUUCUACAAUCUUUAAAUGCUGUAACUUUUUUUUCUCCAAGAAGCUAAAGCCUGUAAUACAUUUUAUAUUGCCAUAAAUUAUUUUUGUUCCACAUA